CACGUCACCGUUAGAAUUCUAUGUGCGACGCAGUCCUCGUCUCCAUCUCCAUCCCUCCUCCUCCGAGAAAGUCUUGUUUCCUUCGAUUCUCCUCCAUUUUUUUCCACGAGAAAGUCUUGUUUUCUUCGAUUCUCCUCCAUUUUUCUGCUCCAACAUCCGAUGCGAAUUAGGGGUGGAAUCUGGUUUUCUUUAUCCGCCGCUUUUGGAUAAUUUAAGGGUCUCGUGGGCUUCUGGUUUGAUGGUUUUUAUGUGCCUCAGGAUUGAUGGUUUAUCUUGUGGUUUCCAGGGUGUUGGAGUUUCCUGGAUAGAUCGAGAUGAACGUGGAGUCGGAGGUGGAGCGGGAGGGGGAGCCCAAUCCGAAGGAUUCCGACCCCCUCCUCCAGAAGAAGGACGACUCGUCAUGUAGUUCGGAUGAGAUAAAGGACGAGGAGAUCGAGGCUUCUUCCGCUGCGUGCUGCCGAAUCUGCCUCGAGCACGACUCCGAGCCAGGUGAUGAGCUAAUAUCUCCAUGCAUGUGCAAAGGCACUCAGCAGUUUGUUCACCGUUCAUGCCUUGAUCAUUGGCGCUCAGUGAAGGAAGGAUUUGCCUUCUCUCACUGCACAACAUGCAAGGCACAAUUCCAUCUUCAAGUAGAACUGUUCGCGGAUUACUCUUGGCGUAAAAUAAAAUUCCGCAUCUUUGUAGCCAGGGAUGUCCUUCUUGUAUUCCUUGCUGUUCAAACUAUUAUUGCUACCAUUGGUGGAUUUGCAUAUUUCUUGGACAGAAAUGGGAGCUUUAGAAAUUCAUUCAGCGAUGGUUGGGACCGCAUACUAUCGAAGCAUCCAGUAUCCUUCUACUACUGCAUAGGUGUCUUGGUAUUCUUUGUGCUGCUGGGUUUUUUCGGGCUUAUACUGCAUUGCUCAUCUUUCAAUGACAAUGAUCCCUGCAUGGCGGGAUGUCGUAACUGUUGCUAUGGAUGGGGCAUCCUGGACUGCUUCCCAGCUUCAAUGGAGGCUUGCUUUGCACUGGUAGUCAUAUUUGUCAUUGUGUUUGCCAUCCUUGGCAUUGCCUACGGCUUCCUCGCAGCGACCAUGGCUAUCCAGAGAAUCUGGCAGAGGCAUUAUCACAUCCUUACCAAGAGGGAGCUUACAAAAGAAUAUGUGGUAGAAGACCUCCGUGGGUGUUACACACCACCAAAGCUGGAUCCUGAACAUGAAGAGCGCCUGAGAAUGCUCAAGCUUAUGUAGAGGUAAUUGUGUUGGAUGAAGUAGGAAGGAAGAGCAUCAGCGCACCUUUCUGAAGUUGGUACAUCAACCUGGGUAACCGUGAGUGGAAUGUGGUCUCUCUUUCCUUUUUUUUCCCCCCGUUAUGAGGACUUGUGCGACAAUCGUCCUUGAGUACGUGUAAUGAAUGUUCCAUAUCUUGACUCCUGAAGGUCUAAUGUUUGUGUGAAACAGCGUAUAUGUAUAGCUGAGCUGGUAAAAGCCAUAGCAGGGCUUUGCACGUUUUAUGUACA